GGUGAGUGUGCUGUCUUUUACUAGACCAACUAACUAGCUCCUCACAUGCUUUGGAGGAGGCCAACUGCCUCGCCAUUGAGAUUCAGAAACGAAACAGGUGCUGUGAGUCUAAAAGAUUCUUACCAUAUGGACCAAGCAAUUCUUCUGCUGUGUUUAUUAGAAUCUGUAUUUCAGAUUUCAAAGAGUCUAGAUUGUGAUCAAGUGAGAAGACCUACAAGACCAGUUUUGCUAGAGUGGUCUGAAUUCCCAAAAGGAGAAAAUCCAGAACUUUAUGUUGUAACAUAUCAGCAAACAGAUGACUUCCACAAAAAAAAUGUAGAAAAUAUUUCUACAGUUGUGUCUAAACCUCUGAAUUCUAUUCUGCUAGAAGAAAACAAAAGCUAUGAUGUUACAAUAGAAGCAUUAAAGAAUGGGAAAAUCUUGAGUGGAAAAUCAUUUAAGACAUGUGGAAUCUCAGUGAACAACAUCAAAACAUUUGUGGCCAUGACUACUGUAUCUUUUAACUGGAGUAUACUAGCUAAUGACUUUUCAGUCUCAAUUUCACUGAAUAACGUGUCACGGAUUAUGCAACAAAAUGAUGUCUUCUCUGAAUGGGAUAAUUUAACAUCUGCAACCUUGUAUAGUUUUAAGUUUGAAUUUAAACAGCUGCUGCUCGAGUUUAUAAGUGUGUCUCAAACACUGGAUAUUCAAGUUGAAACAGGUUUGUGUUCACAAGGAUGGCUUGCAUUCAAAGGCAGUUGCUAUAAAAGAUUCAAUAAAGUAAUCAUUCUGUGGACAGGACUUAAUGACAUGAAGGAAGAAGGUCACCUCGUAUGGACAGAUGGAUCUCCUUAUCUUGGAAAAGCUGACAUUUCAUCUUCAUCAAUGAUACCAGAGAAUGAAACUGACUGUUAUACUUUUCAGCAAAAUCCAACUGGUCCAAACUAUUUCUUCACAGGAUUUUUCUGCUUUUUAUCUUUGCCAUAUAUUUGUGAAUAUGAAUUACCUCCUGUACCAGAUAACUUCAUGUUCUAUGUGCAGGAUAUUCAGACAACGGAAGCUGUAUUUGGUUGGAGUGAUUUGAGGAACUGGCUCAAAUCAGGAUUUGAACUUAUAAUUAAAUACUACUUUGAUCAUUUGGAACAACAUAUUCAAAGCUUGUCUCGAAAUACAACACAUGCCAGAGUUGAUCAGUUGUCUCCUGGACGCUUCUAUAGAUUUUUAUUAUCAGCAAGUAGCCCAAGCGGGGCAUACACUAACUUAAGCCCCAUUCUGCUGGUAGAAACAAGGCCAUUACAUUCUCAAAAUUUAGAGGCUGUCCAUGUCUCAUCAACAGAAAUACAUUUACAGUGGGAUCCUCCGCAGAACUCAACCAGUGCAUCUUUUCAUUACUAUCUUGUCACCAUUUUGGAUGCUGAAACAAACAAAUGGGAGAAGUUAGCAGUUGAAAAAAUUAACACUUCAACAAUAAUUGGAAACCUCAAGCCUUUUCAUCAGUAUUAUAUAUACUUACAGACUGUGGCUGAAAAAGGCUCUCUCAGCUGCAAUGAGAAGACAAUAUUAAUCACAACAGCUGUCAGUCCACCUAGCAGGGUUUUUAUUCAUCCUGAGGACGUGCAAGAAGACAGCAUGAUUCUUAACUGGGAACUACCAUCAGAGGGCCAGAAAUCCUACAUUCAAGUGAAACCUAUUAUGGAUGUGGAUGAAACUGUAACAUUUCAAUUAAACAACACACAGAGCUUAAAGGUUGAUCUUCUAAUCCCUGGAAUGACUUACGAAAUAGCAGUAGCAACUGUAAAUAAUGGAAAUAUGAGUGAACUGAAGAUAAUUCAAUGCACACUAAAGCCUAAACCAGUUGAAAUUGUUGUCCCCUAUGAAGUUCAUACUUAUUCUGUGAUUUUAUUUAUUAAAAUGCCUGAUGUUGGAAUAUUUGAUGGUAUAUAUGUUACAAGUAAAGGAGGGCCUAAUGCAACAUUUACUUUAAAGAAUGAUGACACAAUAACUAUUGAAAACUUGAUCCCAGGCACAGAAUAUGACUUUUAUGUUUCCACAAUAAGUGGAAACAUGUUGAGUUCUGUAUAUCAUGUAUCUGCAGUAAGAACAUGUCUGGCAGCUCCAACAAAUGUACGUGAAGGUAAUAUUACUGACACUUCAAUACAAAUUGUUUGGGAUCGUGCUGAUGGAAAUUUUCAGCAGUAUGAAGUCACAUGUACAAAUUGUGCACAUGCUCUAAUGGUACAAAAAAUCACACAAGAAAUGGCAGUAUUUUCCAGCCUUAUUCCUGGAAUGCUAUACAACUUCACGGUUCGAACAGAAAAAGAAGGUUUCAAAGAUAGCCUUUUUGAAAUAAAGGGAAUAGAGACAGAACCAAGCUCGGUUAAAUAUGUAAAUCACAGUAAAGAUUCUGAAUCAAUAACUGUCACCUGGCCACCUGCACAAAAUAUAUUUGAUGGCUACAUUGUUUCAAUAGUCAGCAAAAGCUUCAGCAAAAAAGAAAUAUUAUCUUCCAGUGUAAGAACAUUCAAAUUUGAUGGCCUUCUUCCAGGGACUGACUACUUAUUUAAUAUUGUGACUACCAAUGGAUUAAAAAGAAGUCGUCCUACCAUGCUCAAGAUUAGCACUAAUCCUGCUCCACCCUCUGAUUUACAGGUUUUAGGGAAAGAAGAGCACACCAUAUAUUUUUCUUGGAAAGUGCCAAGGGGAGGAUUUGAUGCAUUUCAGCUUUCCUAUCAUUUGAGAAGCAGUGAAACUCUAUUUACUACAACUGUUUAUGGCAACAGAGCUGUAGUGAAAAAUCUGAUACCUGGAAUGGAGUACUUGUUUCAGUUAAAGACAAUCAAUGGCUUGGAUUCCAGUACAGCUAUAGAGAAAAAAGUUAAUACAAAACCAGCUGCAAUAUGUGGUCUAACAUUAAGGAUGGCCAACACUUCUUCUGCAGCAUUAAUGUGGAAUCCAACAAGGACCAAUUUCACAUAUUAUAAAGCAUUUCUGUCAAACACCACAUUCAUAAAAGAAUAUAACAUUUCAAGAGCACUGUCUGAAUUCACAGUUACCAGUCUGACUGCUGGUGGCAUUUAUAAUUUCACAAUACAAAGAAUAAGAGGAAGUGUUCAAGGAGCUAGCAUGCACAUUGAAAUUGUAACAGAACCUGCAAAACCAGAAGGACUUAGAGCCUUUAACAUUUCAUCAUAUUUUUUUUCUCUGCACUGGAGACUACCCUAUGGACAUGUAGACAGGUUUCAAGUGGAUCUUACUCCUGAGCAUGGUUUUGUUACUAUCCUAGAACUUGGAGGAGGGCAGUAUCAGGCUGAUUUUUCUAGUACUACUCCUGGAACAACAUACAAUGUGACAGUUUCUUCAGUUUCUUCCUCAGCCUACAGUUCACCAGUCAGUAGAACAGUGACAACAAAUGUAACCAAUCCUGGACCCCCUGUGUUCCUUGCGGGUGAAAGAGUGGGUUCUGCAGGAAUUCUGCUCUCUUGGAAUACACCGCCACGUCCUAAUGGGAGGAUUAUAUCGUACAUUGUUAAAUAUAAGGAGGUCUGUCCAUGGGUGCAAACUACUUAUACAGAAGUUACAGCAAAACCGGAUAGUUUGGAGGUUCUUCUUACCAAUCUUAACCCUGGAACAACUUAUGAAAUUAAGGUUGCUGCUGAGAACAGUGCUGGUGUUGGAGUAUUCAGUGAUCCUUUCCUCUUUCAAACAGCAGAAAGUGCUCCAGGUAAAGUAGUGAAUCUCACAGUUGAGGCCUUAAAUUAUUCAGCUGUAAAUCUGAUCUGGUUUCUGCCUCGGCAACCAAAUGGAAAGAUAACUAGUUUCAAGAUUAGUGUGAAACAUGCAAGAAGUGGAAUUGUAGUGAAAGAUGUCUCUGUUAAAGUAGAGGACCUUCUGUCUGGGAGGUUACCAGAAUGUAAUGAUAACAGUGAAUCAUUUUUGUGGAGUACCACAACACCUUCAACAACUUUUGGAAAAUCUACAGUUCCUUCACAGACUACGCUUACACCAGUUACGAUAGCACCUAGUAAAAUGAGCUCUGUCUGGAAUGAACCAAUUAGCUUUGUUGUAACUAAUCUUAGACCAUACACCACUUACCUUUUUGAGGUCUCUGCAGUUACCACUGAAGCAGGUUAUAUUGACAGUGCAAUUGUCCGAACACCAGAAUCAGUUCCAGAAGAUGCACCACAAAAUUUUGCUAAAGGCAAUGUUACAGCAAAAUCCUUUUCAGUGUCUUGGGACCCACCAACCAUAGUAACAGGAAAAUUUAGCUACAGAGUUGAGCUAUAUGGACCUUCUGGUCGUAUUGUGGAUAACAGCACAAAAGAUCUCAAGUUUAUAUUUAAUAACCUAAUACCAUUUACAACAUAUGAUGUGUAUGUUGGUGCUGAGACAAGUGCUGGUGUGGGGCCUAAGGCUAAUCUUACAAUUUUCACUCCAGCUGGAGUUCCAAGUGCUGUAUCUGAUUUACAACUAGUAGAGAUAGAAGCCACACACACAAAAAUUGUUUGGAGAAAACCACAGCAACCAAAUGGAAUUAUUACUCAAUAUAGGGUUACAGUCAUAGUUCAGAAUACAGGAGAGCCUUUAGAAAAUACAAUUCUCACAGGAAAAAUUAAGUAUUUGAUUGAUUCUAUGGAUCCAGACAUAAUAAAUGAAAAUAUCCAGUCUUUCACUUGGAAUACAAUAGAAACAGCCACUGGAUUAUAUGAAGGCUCAGGCGAGAUGUUCUCCACAAUACAAACAGAUUCCCCAGGAAUAUUUAUGAGUUUGUCUAAUGAUAAUUUGCCCAAUAUGGAUGGAGCUGAAGAAUUACAUUCAGCUUCUGAUAACGAAUAUGCCAUUGAUAUUUCAGCUGAAGAGCUGUCAUAUGUUAUAAAAGGCCUUCUGCCUUUCACAAACUACACAAUCAGUGUGUCUGCUUUCACUAUGAUUGGAGAAGGGCCACCAGCUGUUCUCUCAGUUAGAACACGUGAACAAGUGCCCAGCUCAGUACAAAAUAUACAUUAUAAAAAUAUUAGCUCAUCAUCUGUUUUGCUAUAUUGGGAUCCUCCAGCAAAUCCAAAUGGAAAAAUCACUCAUUAUACAGUUUAUGCAAUGGAAUUGGAUACAAAGAGAACAUUCCAGUUGAUAACCACAAACAACAGCUUAUUUAUAACAGGUUUGGAAAAGUACACAAAUUAUAAAAUGAGAGUAGCAGCAUCCACUACUGUGGGAGAGAGUGCUCUGUCUGAAGAGAAUGAUAUUUUUGUAAGAACACCAGAAGAUGAACCAGGCUCCCCACCUCAGAAUAUAAAGUUAUUAGAUGCAACUGCAACAGAAAUAAACUUGAGAUGGUCACCACCUGAUCAACCUAAUGGGAUCAUAACUCAUUAUGAAGUUUUGUACAAUUAUGCCAAUGAUCUAUUUAUUAAAAAUACCUCAAAUACAAGUAUUUUAUUACGUGGACUGAAACCUUACACUGCCUACAACAUUUCUGUAAGGGCUUUUACUAGACUGGGCCAUGGAAAUCAGUCAUCAUUUCCACUGUCUGUAAGAACUCCUGAAACUGUUCCUGAUACUGCCCCAGAAAAUAUCACCUAUAGAAACAUCUCAUCUAUGGAAAUCGAAUUGUCAUUUUUUCCACCAUCUGAUCCCAAUGGGAUCAUACAGAAGUACACUGUAUACCUCAGGGAGAGUAAUGGAACUGAGCAAAGAAUCAUAAAUUCUACCCUUCAGACACUACAUAUUACAGGUUUAAAGAAAUAUACAAAAUAUACAAUAGAAAUAUCUGCAAGCACUACCAACGGUGAAGGGGUUCAUAGUGCACCACAUGACAUACUGACAGAUGAAGAUGUUCCUAGUUCUCCUCCAGAAUCCCUUUCUGUAAAACAGUUGUCGGGUGUCAUUGUGAAGUUGUCAUGGAAACCACCACUGGAGCCAAAUGGAAUUAUCCUUUAUUACACAGUUCAUGUCUGGGAUAAAAUGUCAAAAAGAAGUGUUAAUGUCACUGAAACAUCACUGCAGUUCACAGACCUUGAAAAUAACAAUGAAUAUAGUGCUUAUGUAACAGCAAGUACCAGAUUUGGGGAUGGAAACAUAAAAAGUAGCACGAUAAAGUUUAGAACUUCUGAAGGAGCACCGUCUGAUCCACCAAAAGAUGUAACGUAUGUAAACCUCACAUCCUCCUCAAUAUUGAUCUUCUGGUCCCCUCCUCAAAAGCCUAAUGGGAUUAUACAGUAUUAUUCAAUUUAUUACAAAAAUAAUUCGGGCAUUUUUAUGCAGAAUUUCACCCGUUAUAAUGUUGACAGUGGUGCUGAUAAUAAAUCUCUGUCUGCAGUAUUAGACAACUUGGCAAAAUUCAGCUACUAUACUCUUUGGUUAACUGCAAGCACUGCCUUUGGAAAUGGAAACAAAACCAGUGACGUAAUAGAGGUGUAUACAGAUCAAGAUAUUCCAGAUGGUCCGGUUGAAAGUUUGACCUACCAAAAUAUUUCUUCAACUGCUAUAAAUGUAAGCUGGCUUCCACCAUCUCAGCCAAAUGGCAUUGUGCUCUUCUACGUUUCUCUGAGUUUGUGGAAUAUUCAGAAUCACAGUGAGAUACUGUCUCUCAUUACCUAUAAUACGAGCAUGGUUUUUGAUAAGCUGGAAAAAUAUACUGAUUAUCUUCUGCAAAUCACUCCAGCGACAGAAAAGGGACUCUCUGAAAUUCACACUGCAGAUCUGCACAUCAAAACUGAUGAAGAUGUCCCAGAAUCUGCGCCUAUAAUCACAACUUUUAAAAAUCUUUCAUCUACCUCAGUUCUGUUGUCAUGGGAUCCUCCACUCCAUCCAAGUGGUAUCAUAAUAAGUUAUGAUUUAAACUUACUUGAACCAGGGAAGAUUAAUUAUUUUUUUACCUCCAAUAAUUCCAUCAUUUUGGAAGAUCUUUUGCCAUUUACAUUGUACAGUUUUUUUGCUGCUGCAAGAACUAUAAAAGGACUUGGUCCAUAUGCUACACUUCUCCUUUACACAGAUGAAUCAGUUCCAUUAGCGCCUCCUCAGAAUUUGACUAUUCUCAACUACACAGCAGAUUCUGUGUGGCUAAAGUGGAAUCCAAGUCCUCAGCCAAAUGGUGUUAUUAAGAGAUAUACUUUCAAGAUUCACCAAGGCAAUAACAAAAACCUAUUUUUUCAGAAUGUUUCAGGUUCACAAAAUGAGGCAAACCUUGUUGGAUUGGAGCCAUUCAGCACUUAUUUUAUCAGUAUUUCAGCCUUUACAAAAGUUGGAAAUGGCAAUCAGUUCAGUAACAUCAUCAAAUUCACAACAAAGGAAUCAGUUCCAGAUAUUGUCCAGAAUGUUCAGUGUACUGCAACUAGUUGGCAGUCAGUUCUAGUGCAGUGGGACCCACCUUCCAAGUCAAAUGGCAUCAUUACUCAUUACAUCAUAAGUUCUGAAGGAAAUUCUACAAACUUUUCUUUUUAUGACACGGUGCACACUUUCAGACAUCUGAUGUCAAAUGUUUCUUACCAAUUUAAAAUAAGAGCUGCAACAUUGGCUGGUGAAGGAGAAGAGCAGAUCUGUAAUGCCAGCACAUUUCCAGAAAGAGUUCCCAGUGCUCCCAGAGAUAUUGCUUUUUCCAAUGUGCAAUCAACAAGUGUGACCUUGAGAUGGAUAACACCAGAUAGCAUCCUUGGCUACUUCCAAAACUACAAGAUUACUAUCCAGCUACAGUCAAUGCAUUGUGAAGAUUGGGAAAUCAAUGGAUGUGUGGAGUAUGAGAAGGUUCAGUACUCACAUGGAAAUGUUGUUGGAGACCAUAUUGAGGAGACAGUACGUGAACUAAAAAAAUUCAGAUGGUAUCGGUUUAAAGUGGCAGCAAGUACAAAUGCUGGUUAUGGCAGUUCUUCGCCCUGGAUUUCUACACAAAUGCUGCCUGGCUCUCCAUAUGGUCCUCCAGAAAAUGUAACUGUAGUAGCUGUAUCUCCUCACAGUAUUAAUAUCAGCUGGAAUGAACCUGACAUCAUUACUGGACCAACAAGCUACCUCAUAAACAUUACCUCAGUAGAUAGUGACAAUUACAAAGCUGUAUUUCUUAAGACAAAUGAUGAGGAUAGAACCCUGGAAAUUUCAGAUUUAAAAGCAUUUACAAAAUAUUCUGUGGUAAUCAUCGCCUUUACAGGAGAUGUAAAUGCUGCAUAUCUUGAGGGCAAAGCUAGCACACCAGUAAUCGUCUCCACUUUUGAAGCAGUGCCUAAAGACCCACCAAACAACAUAACAUUUCAGAAGAUACCGAAUGAAGUAACAAAAUUCCAAGUGACAUUUGUGCCACCCUCUGAACCUAAUGGAAAUAUUCAAGUAUAUCAAGCUAUGGUUUACAAUGAAGAAGACCCUUCUGUUGUCCAGAUUCACAAUCUAAGUGUCAUUGACAAAACAAAUAAAUUAAUCACUGCUAUGAUAGAAGGGCUAAAAGGAGGCUAUACAUAUAACAUAAGUGUGUAUGCAAUCAACAGUGCUGGUGCAGGGCCAAAAAUCCAGCUGAAAAUAACCAUGGAUAUAAAAGAACCACCACGCCCUAAGAAGAAACCAACACCAGUUUACGAUAUGAGUGGGGCGCUACUUGUUACUGAUACAACAAUUGCUAUCAAAAUGCCUGUAUGUUACUAUAGUGAUGUCCAUGGACCUAUUAAAAUGAUACAAGUUCUUGUAGCUGAAGCAGGAGUUCAGCAUGAUGGGAAUGUUACUAAGUGGUAUGAUGCCUACUUCAAAAAGCCAAGGCCAUAUUUUACCAAUGAAGGCUUUCCUAAUCCACCAUGUUUAGAGGGAAAGGAAGGAGUGAGUGUUAAAGAAGAUGUAUAUGUCAUAGGUGCUGAUACCACAUGUUUGAUACCAGGCAGUGAAGAUAAAAUCUGCAAUGGCCCACUGAAACCAAGAAAGCAAUACUUAUUUAAGUUCAGAGCAACAAAUGUUAAAGGCCAGUUUACAGAUUCUGAAUAUUCUGACCCUAUCAAAACUUUAGGUGAGGGAGUGGCAGAAGGAUCUACAGAAGCAGGACUUGCAGUUACGUUAUGUAUACUUUCCAUGAUUAUUCUUGUGGCAGCAGUCUAUGCUUUUGCAAAGAUCCGAAAAAAGCAAAAAGAAGGAGGCACGUAUUCCCCACGGGAUGCAGAAAUUAUCGACACUAAAUUCAAACUGGAUCAGUUGAUUACAGUGGCAGACCUGGAAUUGAAGGAUGAAAGAUUUACACGGCCAAUAAGCAAGAAAUCCUUCCUACAACAUGUUGAAGAGCUUUGCACAAACAACAACCUAAAGUUUCAGGAAGAAUUUUCGGAACUUCCCAAGUUUCUUGAAGACCUUGCUUCUACUGAUGCUGAUCUGCCCUGGAACAGGUCUAAGAAUCGCUUUCCAAACAUAAAGCCAUAUAAUAACAACAGAGUGAAGCUGAUGGCUGAUGCUGGUAUACCGGGAUCUGAUUACAUCAAUGCCAGCUAUGUUUCUGGCUACCUAUGUCCAAAUGAAUUUAUUGCUACUCAAGGACCAUUGCCAGGAACAGUGGGUGAUUUCUGGAGAAUGGUGUGGGAGACUAGAGCAAAAACACUUGUGAUGCUUACACAGUGUUUUGAAAAAGGACGGAUAAGAUGUCAUCAAUACUGGCCAGAAGACAAUAAACCUGUAACUGUGUUUGGAGAUAUAGUGAUUACUAAACUAAUGGAAGAUAAUCAAAGGGACUGGACCAUCAGGGAGAUAAAAAUUGAAAGACAUGGCGAUUUCAUGAUGGUACGCCAAUGUAAUUUUACUUCUUGGCCUGAGCAUGGGGUGCCUGAAACUACUGCUCCAUUAAUCCAUUUUGUAAAGCUGAUCCGUGCAAGCCGAGCACAUGACAAUACGCCUAUGGUUAUUCACUGCAGUGCUGGAGUUGGCAGAACAGGAGUUUUUAUUGCCUUGGACCAUUUAACCCAACAUAUAAAUGAUCAUGAUUUUGUGGACAUCUAUGGACUUGUAGCUGAGCUGAGAAGUGAGAGAAUGUGUAUGGUACAGAAUCUGGCACAAUAUAUUUUUUUGCAUCAGUGUGUUUUGGACCUAUUGACAAGCAGAGGAAGCAGUCAGCCCAUAUGUUUUGUAAAUUAUUCAGCAUUGCAAAAGAUGGACUCUUUGGAUGCCAUGGAAGGUGAUGUGGAACUUGAAUGGGAAGAAACUACCAUGUAAAUACUUGGGACAAAUAUUAUUAGGUCUUGGAAAACAAAAUGGUUUUUUUCUAAGUUCAGGGGCCAAAGUAAAUUCCCCUAUUACAAUGAAUUAAAUAGAAAGCAUCAUUUUAAAAAAUAUUGAAAUGAUUCUUCUCCUUGCAAUGUGCCUUCAUUAAUGUGGUAAACUAUUUUGUUCAAAUAACUAGACAAUAAAGAACAGCAAUACUUUGCACCAGCUGCAGUUCUGGUGUUACAUACCAUAAAUACUGUAUUCAGUAUGUAUUUAAAUUAAAAGUGUGCUCUGAACAAAUUCUCUUUCUUAUCUUGUAAAAGAUGAGAAGUUAUCUUGUAAAAGAUUAAAAGGAGCCAAACGUGAUGUAAAAUUUUCAUAUUCCUAGCGUGUAUACUUCAGUGUGAAUUUGCUGUAGUCUUUGUGUUUGGUUUUGAGUAAAAGCAACAAUUCCUUGACACAGUUGAAUUAGUUUGGCCUCAAGGGUGUUGACAAUUCUUGUGGAUUACUUCCAGUACUGUCACAAUGAUCUUUACCUAAAUGUAUGUUCUUGUGUUUUGAAUCUUCUGUUUUAUGAGUGCUAGGAUAUCAUCUCAUGAUCCCGAACAGCUGAAGAGACACCCUCUGACACUCUGAGGAUUAUUCAGCUUUUACACAGCACACAGUAGCUCUUCGGGGACACUUGGGGCUAUUUAAGCUAACUUGUGAUCAGUGGGUUGUUUUUCUAAAUGUGAUUGGUGGUUACACAUGCUUGGUGAUGAAAAAUUAUAUCUCACAUUCCUACUACUUUUGUAAAACUGAUACAAUAAAGUUUUAAAUUUAUUACAUAUGAUAAUGUAUGGUAGAUUGAUUUAAGUAAUAUAAUGUAUAUUAUUCUUUCAAAUGAACUGUAUACAGUGUUGUAUGGUAUCUUCGUCAGAAAUA